AUGGUAGAGGAGACGGACCCCUCGUCGGCAUACAUGCCACAAAUUGAGAAGCUCCAGGGAAGAGACGACUGGAGAAUAUGGCAUCAGAGUAUGAAGAUCAAUGCAAGGAUCUUAGGCUUUUGGAACGUCAUUGAUGGAAAACAAGAAAAGGCAAACGACGAUACUGCUGCUGCUGCUUGGAAAGUCAAGGAUCUCAAGGCAACAGGCUUCCUGAUGAAUGCCCUGUCGAUGAAGAUCAGAAUCAAGCUCGAACACGAAGGAUUUGGCUCCGACGAGAUGAGCUCAAGGCAAUUGUUAGCUCUGGUCCAAACAAUGGUCCUAGGAACUUCUCAAGAAGAUAUAUUCAACACCAUAGUGGACUUCAACAGCAUCAACCGACAAAACUUCACUUCGCUUGACGCAUAUGUGACGAGACUCUUACACAGUUGGACCAAGAUCAGGGCAGAAUAUCCCAAUGUUCCUGAUAUGUGGUUUAUAAGUAACGCUCUUUUCGGCCUCAAAGAGUCAAAUGAGACAUGGUAUGAGAAAUGGACCACUUGCCUGAGGUGCGGGGACGAGAUCGAUAAGGACAAGCUAGUCAAGUUCCUGAUGUCUUAG